GAAUAGUAAGGCUGCUGAUCGAGUAUCAAAAUUUUGGCGCUACACACGCAUUUAAGGUGGAACCAAAAUUCAAAAAAUUUGUUUUCAUUGUUUUGACGUUUGACUUCAUAUUAUUAAAUUCGAAAGCAAUAAAAUUUCAUAGCUAUUAUUAAUCUUGCUUUUUUUAGUGUUGUGUCGCUUUUAUAUAUUGUUGAAAUAAAACGUUGCACUAAUUUUGUACAGACCUUCGUGCAAAACUAAUAUUAUGAAAAAUGAUAUAAACAAAAACAACAAAGAUUAUUUGAAUCGAAGAAGUUUAAUGCGGCUUUCAUCAAAGUGAAGAGUCAAUCUAAAAUCAAAUAUUUAAAGUUUAAAAGAACUGAUGAAUAAAAAGUUUUGAAAAAUGCAAUGCAAGAUGAAACUAGAUAAGCUAAGCUGCUGUCCCGUUGCAGUUUCUUAUGAAAUAUGGGAUAUUAUAAAAAUAAUAACUCCAUUGGGACUUAAUUUAUAUAUUUAUAAUUUGUCACAACAUUACUUGAAUUCGUCAAACAACAUUUUGAAAACUUUUUUAAAUGAAGUUAUUUUGAUUAUUCUCCCGAUUAUAUUACAUUUAACUUUUACACAUCUUUGGUCAAAUCAUGUUAUAGUAAUUUAUAUUUUAGUGAGUCUUUUUGCUAUUAUUUACCGCUUAAAGGCAAAUUUAAGAUGGAAGUUCACAUCAACUGAAUUGAAUUUAACUAUUUGUCGAGCUCGUUCGUUUGUUUUUAUUAUAACUGCAGUUGCAAUUCUUGCUGUAGAUUUUCCUCAAUAUUUUCCCCAUUCGAUGACAAAAUCUGACUAUACCGGUAUAAGUUUAAUGGACACUGGAAUCGGAUAUUUUAUAUUUUGUAUCGGCAUUGUUAGUAAACACGAGAACCUACAAAAAUGUAUGAAAAAAUCUAUUCUUUUAAUAGUUAUGGGAGCAGCCAGAACUUUACUAAUAAUUUUAUUCAAAUAUCAUCAAUCGGAGCUUGAAUAUGGAACCCAUUGGAACGCAUUUUUUACAAUUGGCUUUACGCAGCUAUUCGGAAAUUUAAUAAUUCAUUCUCUAAAGCACAAAAAAAUAAUUGCUGGUUUUGGAAUAUUUUUAGUACUUUUUCAUGAGAUAGUCUUACAAAAAUUUUUAUUUGCAUAUGUGAUGAACGGUGAUAAUCCCAGAGAUAAUUUUAUUUCAGCAAAUCGUGAAGGUCUUGUAUCUACAAUUGGUUUUUUGGCGUUUUAUCUUAUAUGCAACUCAUUUAGUUUUACAAAACAAAAUAUUAAAAGCAUUUUUCAUUAUAUAUGCAAGACAUUUUGCAUAUCUUUUACCAGUUUAAUCAUUUUAUUAAUUUUAUUAUUUUAUAGUAAUUGUAAUAUAGCUAGAAGAGUUGCAAAUUUAGAAUAUAUACUUUUUAUGAUAUUUUUAAGUUUCUUUACAUUGUUCUUAAUGCUUGUAGCCGAAUUUUUAUCAAGUGGAUUGAAUGUAAAAUAUGAGAAUCAAAUUUUUGUUGUAAUUAAUUUCAAUGGCUUGAUAUUUUUUCUAAUAACGAAUGUAUUAACUGGAGUAGCAAAUAUGUCUUUUGAUUUAAAAAAAUUUACAUUUUUAGAAAUGAUAAUUUUACUAUGCAGUUAUAUGGUUUUAAGCUACUUAAUUACAUAUUUAUGGAAGAGAUAUUUUUACACAAAAUUAGUUACUAAAAAGAAUGUAUAA